AUGGCUACUGUACCGGUGCGCAACGACCGUCGCAUCGUUCUCCAUCUGGACUAUGACUGUUUCUACGCGUCCGUCUUUGAGGUGGAGCAACCCGCGUUGAAGUCACAGCCGCUGGCAGUCCAGCAGAAGCAGAUCGUCGUCACAUGUAAUUAUGAGGCACGACGACGAGGCUUGUUCAAGCUGCAACUCAUCAAAGACGCCAAGCGCAUCUGUCCUGAGGUGGUAAUUGUCUUGGGCGAGGACCUCACGAAAUUCCGAGAUGCCUCCAAGGAUAUCUAUCUCUUUAUCCGCAGUUUCAUCUGGGGCGGCCGGGUCGAGAGACUGGGCUUUGAUGAAAUUUCGCUUGAUGUGACGGAGAUGAUCGACUAUAAUAUUGGAUUGCUGAAUCCGAAUGAUCUGACGAGAUCUUUCUUCUGUCUUGAUCAGAAGGAUCCGACUGUGGGGUUUACUUACGACGCAACCUCGUUUCACGGUUCUACGCAUCCGUUCCGGGAAGGGUGCGCGGAUGCACCACGCGAACUCUCAUCUUUGGAAAUGCGUUUGUUGGUCGGCUCGCAUCUUAUGGGACAUUUAAGAAGCCAAAUGGAAUACGAGAAAGGGUUUACAGCGACAGGGGGUGUCCACAAACCCAAUCAACAAACCACCCUGGUCCCGCCAUAUGAGCCAGGUAGCGAUGGCACAGAAAGUAAUGUGACCCAAUUCCUGGAUAACCAUGAGAUCCGCAAAAUUCCCGGCAUCGGAUCACGGCUGGCGCAAAAGCUUCGAAUCCGGGUUACGGGAGAAAGCACCAGUGAAAAGAAGGUGACGGUGCGUGACAUUCGCCUCUACCCCGGGAUGGGUCCACCGUUGCUGGAAAAGACGCUGGGCGGACCCGGCGCCGCGAAAGGGAUCGGUCAGCGAAUAUGGGGGAUCAUACAUGGCGUGGACAAUACUGAGGUGCUUGAAGGGCGCGACUUGCCAACACAGAUCAGUAUCGAGGACUCAUAUGGGCGCGGGCGCCUCGAUAACGUGGAGAACGUACGGCGCGAGCUGAUAGUGUUGACGAAGAGUCUGAUCCGGCGAAUGCGGACCGAUCUACUGGACAAAAGCGAUGACAAGGGUCAGCCUCGAUGGCUAGCUCAUCCGCGCACGCUGCGACUCUCGACACGGCCACGAAACGCCCCAGAAACAGACGGGGUACGCACGUACAACAGCAAUCGCAUCUCGCGCUCGACUCCACUCCCGAGCUCCAUCUUUAAUUUGGACGAGAGCAUCGACUCCUUGGCUGAGCGGAUCGUGCGAGACCACGCCAUGCUCAUGUUCCGCAAAUUACACGCCGAGAAAUCUGGUUGGGACUUGGGGCUAAUGAAUAUUGCCGUGACUAAUAUGGUUGAGAGCGCGGGGGACCAGAAACAGAGUAGUGGGAGAGAUAUUGGGAAGAUGUUUCGUCAGCAGGAGUCGACGUUGCGCGAGUGGACGGUGCAGGAACCGGUGGGACAGCCACACGAAGUAUCAUCAGAUGAACCGGUUGGGUUGGAGGAGACGACUGAAUGGGCCAAUGAGUGGGAGGAUGGCGAUGAGAAUGGCGAUGGAGAUGUGCCGUUGCUGAGCGUCGAGUGUCCCCUGUGCGGGGCUGCGAUUCCGCAUUUUGCUCAGCAAGCCCAUGAAAUAUACCAUGCCAGCGAUGGCAACUGA